CAACUUCACGAAGCUAACCUAGUUAGCUUAAAUUUAUAAACUUGUAGUGUUUGACAUCUUGUGAAGAAAAAAAAUACCUACACACAAGCAAUGUCGUGGAACUGGAACAGCCACGGACUACCAUUUUUACCGGGAUACACUUUUCGGGAUGUAACGAAGCCAGCCUUCCAUCGUCCCCAAACACUUGACUAUAAGAAUGGCUUCGCUCUGCCCCGCCGCCCCACUGUGGGCAUUGGACAGGAUCCGCUUUUAUCAGCGCAGAUGAUCCAGCAGGAGAUCGAUGAGUUGACCUUUGGAAGACCAGAUAUUACUUGUGGCCCCCAUAACCAGAGCAUAGCCCAAGACUUCAUCCCAGCUCAUGUGUCCCUGGACAAGAAGGUGCUGCGCUUCUAUGCAUACUUUCAGGAAAACAUCCUGUUUUCCCCUGAGGAGGAGUGCCGCGUGCGCCCUGUGGUCAUUUACUACUACCUUGAAGAUGACAGUAUGUGCAUUAUUGAGCCCACAGUGGAGAAUUCUGGGAUACCGCAGGGGAAACGCAUCAAGCGCCAGCAUCUGCCCAAGAAUGACUUUGGAGAGCAUUAUCAUUGGAAAGACCUUAAUAUUGGCAUGGAUCUGGAGGUGUACGGGGUCAAGUACCACAUCACACAGUGCGAUGAUUUUACAAAGGAAUUCAUGGAGAGUGAGGGUAUUGUUCUGAACGACCCUGAGGCGAUGCCUGAGGAUCCUUACAGCAAACGUCGUGAAAAGCCUCCGCUUUCCUACACAACAGCCUCUAAAUUUGACCGCAUGCAUCAGUUUCUCACCAUGGACCGUAAGGUGCUGCGUUUCUUCGCCCUGUGGGACGAUUCUGACGCUCUCUUCGGGGACACCAGGCCUGUUACCAUCCAGUAUUUCCUGGUAGAUGACACGGUGGAGAUCCGAGAGGUCCACGAACCCAACAGCGGCCGGUAUCUCUUCUCUGUCGUGAUGCGCAGACAGAAGCUGCCCAAGAAAAUCAAACCAGAGUGUGAGACAUUUCCCAGCUGUGUGCUGGAGGUUUCAACAGAGGAAGUAGAUGAGUACUACUCCCCCAAAGAUUUCCAGGUGGGUCAAACUAUGACGCUGCUGGGCCGUCGCUUCCUGCUGUACGACUGCGAUGGCUUCACCAAAGAGUAUUACCAAAAGAACCACCCUGAUGUGGAGAUGAAACCCUCCGAAAUACCAAAACAGACUGACCCGCUUCAGGAGAGGAAAAGGGAGUUUCCUCCCUAUAAUGGUUUUGGUUCCCUUGAAGACUCUCUCCAGAAUUGCUUGUCUUUAGUUCCUGAGCCUCCCAAGAAGAAUGUGCUAAAGAUGCUGGAAAACGACCACAAAGUGUUGCGCUACAGUGCCAGGCUGGACUCCCAGAAUCCUGCAGAUGAGGACAGACGUUUCAUACUGUCCUACUUCCUGUCCAAUGACAUGAUCAGUAUUUUUGAAAAGCCCACUCGCAAUUCUGGCAUCAUCGGUGGCAAGUUCCUGGAAAAGACGCGCAUCCCCAAACCUGGCUCGACAGUGGACAAUCCCGAGUUCUACUCACCUGCAGACUUUGCUAUUGGAGCCACUGUGGAGGUUUUCAGCCACCGCUUUGUGUUAACCGGCGCUGACCGAUACGUGCUGGCAUACCUGGAGUCCAAUGCAAGCCAGAUCCCAUGUCAGACACUGCAGUCUUUACAGCAGAAGCUGGGUGCGGGGACUGCAAAUACUCAGCCGGCUGACCAACAUGGUGGUGAUGUCACAGAGCCAUCUUCAUGAUGUCAGGGGAGGGAUAUAAUAAAUAACCACUGGAUCAACUCCAGAAAAGGUGAUGUGUGAAUCUGACAGCUUCUGGUAACUUAAAAAUACAGCUGUUUGAUGUUGGUGAGGUUGACCUCAAAACACCACUCUUAUUUUAAACAUAUACCAAGUGGUUGUCAAGGCUUUCCCUGAAAUCUGAUCAAAAAUACAAACUUAUAUUAGUCAGGCAAUCAAGCAGGUACAUUUUAUCCUUUUGUGAUUAAUGCAGCCUGAAAUUUCUGAUUUCAUGGUGGAUUUCCAAAUAAUUUUGAUGAUUUUUAGGCUUUCAUUUUUCAUGU